UCGGCUGGUUCAUAAAUCUGUAUAAAGCGAUUUGUUAUCAUCAGUAUAAUUUUAUUUUAAGAAUUAAGAAUACUAAACAAAACUGGUACGACUCUUGCCACAUGUUACACUUCUAGGGAAUGACUUCUAGGGAUUAACAUCAGAUAGUGUGUUAUCAUAUGUGGAUAAGUUCAGGUAUAUAUGCUGAACUGUGAGAUACCCUCCACCUAAUGACAACAAACGAUCUACCUGUCCUGCAAUUAACACGUGACGAUGUAUUGCUGCAAUCAGGUAUAGUGAGGAAUUGGGACGGAGGGAAGACAGCACAGGUAAGACGUGAUAGGACGAGUCAUCUCUCCGCCGUCUGUCUGCAUGCCCUUACCAGCCCUCGGGACCGUAUGCUAAUGAGCUCUGUCAAGUGACUAGGGGUAGAUACCAUAAGGACGAAGACUCAUGUGAUGCUGCAAUUAGCGGUCGUCCAAUGAGAGACAAUGCCGACCGGUACGUGGCUGUACUAAGUGACAGCCCCUCGUACGACUAAUUCAUUCAUGUUUGUAUAUAUACAUACUAUAUAAUGUAUAUAGAUGGCGGACUAACGUGGAGGGAGCGAGUGGAGGCCCAGACUCGCUGUGUGUAACGCCGUGUAGUAUAGUAGUAGUAGUAUAACCAGCUCAGCUGCAGCAGGAACUAAACAAAGCAUAGCAGACGACACCACAUCGCACUAGUUCUGUUUCUUGGAAUCAAAAACCAUGGAAGAUUUUCUUCCACUGUGGUCCAGCCUAGAACGUGAGCAAUACACGUUACAACGGCUGAAUUCGGCAGGUGAGGAAACUGACGGUAGUCAUGGUGAUCAGAGAAGCAGCAGCCCUUCCAGCGUGUGGAGCCUUGAGUCCAUGGACGACGAAAUGUACCUGGAAUAUCUAUUUUCUCAAGGAUUAGCGGACUCUAUGGAUAAAACGGGACAUAUGAGUCCUGAAAUUGCCGAAUUCGACAUAGCAUCGGUGCCUACCUCUCCUGCCAAUACAAUAAACAUAAGUGCUAGUGCCAAAUUACCGAUCGUGCACUGCGAUUCAUUCGUCAGUGCCAGUGCAUCAAUGUGCAUAGACAGUGCUGGUUCCGAUACCUCAGAGGACAGUUCGUGUGACGAUGUGUUCGCUAGUUUUCCAAAUACGUGUAAUGAUAAUUCUGAAAAGGAAUUCGUGGUUCUAGGAGUAGGACUGCAGAAUUUAAUGCAUUCUUACGCCGCAAAGGCCGUGCCGACACAGGGCCAGGAAAUAUCUAUAGACUUUCCAAGGAAAACACAAAUAGUAAACAGGUGUAAUCGGAGUUACCUCACGAAACCCGGAUAUUCUUUCUCUGCUUCAGGUGCUUUACUAACACAAGCUAGUCUAUUAGACCCCGCUAAAAUACGAUCCAUCAAAGCACAUUCGUCCAAAGCAUUAGGCAUUAGCAAAGACAAAAUAGAUGAGAAGAUUUAUCAUUGUACGUACGCGGGCUGUAAUAAGGUGUAUAGUAAAAGUUCGCACCUGAAGGCUCACCUGCGGAGACAUACCGGUGAGAAACCGUUUGAGUGUACGUGGUCAGGUUGUGGUUGGAGGUUCUCCCGGUCAGACGAACUGGCCAGACACAAACGAUCUCACUCUGGAAUCAAACCUUACCAGUGUAAACUAUGUGAAAAACGCUUCUCCCGGUCUGACCACCUCUCUAAACACCUAAAGGUGCACCGAAAAAGGCAGACGUCUUAGAAGUCAAUACGGCUCGACGCGCUGGCGUGUACGGGCCAUCGAUCGAGUAG